AUGUCUGAAUUUUCCAAGUAUAAAAAGACCGACUUGAGUCAAGUGUUGAAGAAGUUGGGUGUUCGUACCACCGCUAAGGAUGUCAAAAAGGUUUUGGUUGAGAAAUUAGACGCUUACCUUGCCAAAUUCCCCAAGGAUGUGAAUGCAGUUAGAAAAUUCCUUGAAGAAACUGGUACCAAUGAAGUGGAUGAAGAGGAAGUCACCGUUAUUGAAGCUGGUGAUGAUGAUGAUGAUGAUGACGAUGACUCUGAGGACGAUGAUGAAGAUGAAGAAGAAGAGGAAGAAAUAUUGGAAGCUGUUUUGGCUGAAGAAGAUGACGACGAAGACAAGGAUUAUCAAGCCCCACCUCCAUUGAACUUGAAAGAAUUCAUCUUGGACCCCAUAAUCGCCACUAGUGAAAAUGCCAUUGAUAAAUUUUACGAUUUUACUGAUUCUGUAGGAAUCACAUAUUUGGAACAUACCGAAAAAUUGAGAGAUCAAUUAAGUUCAACAAUUACAUUAAACUUUUUAGAAUUGGGAUUAGAAUUGUUAAUCUACUUGUACAAUUACACCACUGUGGUUCCCUUGAAUGAGAAUAAAUUGAUUCAUCAAUUUUUCCAUGAUAAUAUUCCUUUGUUGGCCAAAUCCCAAUUGCCCACAUUGGAAUUGAUCAACUUGUUUGAAUUCAAAGCCAUUGCUACAUUUGCCACUUGGAUUAUAUUUGCCAUUAUUUCACCAUCAAUCAUUUCCUAUUUUUUCAACUUCACAUCUCGAGUAGUUGAUGUUGAUGAUGAUGAAUACUUGUUGAGAAUUUAUUCAUUUGAUCCAUUUGUGUUUGCCUUGAGUAAAAUCUUGGUUUAUUAUUUUGUUGGACAAAGCUCAAUUAUUGAGUUUGCCACCAAUGAAAGUUGGGUUAGUGCCUUGUGGAAUAGAGCUUUGUUACAUUUAGGAUUGUAUCAUUCAUUUGCUGCUACUUUGGGUACUUUGCCUUAUGUUUUGGGAGGAGUCAAUGUUUUGAUUGCAUUGUAUUCUCAAUUUGAAGAGUAUUAA